ACGUCACAAGGAUUGGUAAGGAUUGCAGAUAGGUGGGUGUGUAGUACAGCUGUUUAAUAGUAAGUGGGGCCUUCAAUAGUUUGGUAGGGUGUAUCAUGGCGAUACGAUUCAACAGCACGAUAUCGACAGACAUCCGCAAUACAAAACGCAGAUUCAUACGUAUCGAACUCGAGCAUUCGUAGAUGCAAUUGUCUUGGAGUUUGGUGUAUUUUGAACACUGCUAUUUACAACAGUUGUAGGGUUAACGAUUCACAGAGAUAAACAUACAAUUUUCAACAUAAACUCCGAAGCGAAGAGAGAAACACUCUAAAUACACAUAUUCCCGUAUACAAAUAGUCCCCACAAGUGUUAAAAUUCAGAAGCAGUAUGUUGUUCUUAAUCGGCGUCCUAUGGAUAAUCCUGAACAACUUCAUGCUACUUGCGACGUUCGUAGGCAUGCCGCUUGCCUUUAUAUACGGUGAUGAAGAAGGCUUCUUGCAGUUUACUAUGGCAUUGUUGAUCAGCAAACUGGUGCUGUUGGGGCUGAUGCGAACCGUACCGAAAGCACAGGCCCCUUUUGUAGAUUAUCUCCAGACGCCGACGCUUGCCGUGGUGACAUAUCUGUCUCCUUACAUACCUUCAAUUCUGCUGACCUUUUUGGCAACAGGGUUGAAUGCAGUGUUCCCACUGGAGGCUCUGUUGUUUGUUAUCGCUGCACACAUGAUUUCGCUGAAACUAUUCGAGAUGAUGGAUCACGAGGAAACGGAAGGCGUGGCUAAGACCGUCAUCUUAGGAGGCAGUAUCUGUAGCUGCGUAGCGUCCGUCUGCGUGCUAGUAUUUCUAUUCACGCACUGUGAAGUGUCGGCAUCCUCGGGGCUUUUCAUUGGUUGCUCUUUAUCCGCUGCUUUGGGCUUGCUGGUUUCGUCAAUAUACGUAGAUGAAGGCAUCUUGCUAGAUCCGAGCUUGCUUCUGCUGUACACGAGUCUAGUAUGUUGGUGUUUGGUGGACGACAUGGAACGGGUCGAUGAUACCUCCGGCGAUUUCUCAUGGUCACUGACUGGCCCUCUCAAGUUCUUCCUAGGCUUCUCUGUCGAUCGGUCACUGCUGAAUAUCGCCAUAUUCGUUGUGCGUCUCCUAAGUCUCUAUGUCUUUGGCACCGAGCUGUGGCGAACGGGAACUGACGAGGAUGAGGCGGACGAGACUGUUGUGGGGCGAUUUGCUGGGGACAUCAGUGUAGUGCUCCUCUACGCCAACUUGCUGCAAGGGCUAUUCAACCCAUCGUUAGUCGGUAACUGGAUGGUGCGUGUGCUGCAGAAUGUAGUUGCCCUGGGGUUCUAUUCGAUCAUUCUGUUCAUGCCUGAUGGUAUCGAGGCAGACGUGUGGAAAGUAGACUGAGUCACAAUACAGACAAGGUCGCUGGAGUGGUAUGCGAACAAAUGCUCGCAACGGAGAACGGAAGGCACAUACAGCCGGCGAUGGUCAAUACCCUUCAGACAGGAGUCACAUAUCACCAGUUGACACAAUAGUUUGAAUACGGAGAUGGAUGGAGCCCCUGAAGGCAAUGGGAUAUCUUGACGGAUUGAUGGCCGAGUUCAAGACCAAAGUGCCAAGAUAGUUGAUGCCAAGUCCCCACAGCAACAGAUGCGUGACACUUUUGGCAGGGAUAAGUAUAUUGAUACGUUAUCCGCGAGAUAGGAGACAGAUAGGGUUUGUAUAUCAUGUGGCAAUGAAAGCCACAAACGUAUCAUACGUUUAAUACUUUGGCAGCGAUUGUUUUUGGCAUCAGAUAGCGGAAGUUGUUGCUAACGACGCUUGCGAAGAAACAGCGUUUAUUCACCACAGCAGAGCGUGUAACACUAUCAUAUUGGCUUCGUCAGCAUAAUAACUGUUCUUGCACGAUUCGAAGGAUCGUAUAGGCCAUAGCGAAUAAAUUCAUGUACAAGGACAAAUUCUGAACGAGCUGACUUGUUGCCUAGCAACUCGUAACAGAAGGAUGCGCUAGCACCGGUCAUAGCGAGCUAGGACACUCGGGGCGAAGAUCAGAGAUUGGGCUGUAGCUUGAGAAGGACACGA